CGUGCCACCCAUGCCCGACGACGACGGCGUCCCUAUCAGGAUCGUGCCAUUUUAUCCUUGUAUGAUGAACAUAAGUGAGGUUAUGGAAUGAUGCCCAGUUCUGUUUCUCUUUUAUGACAGGAAGUGCUGGUCCUGGCUUCUGGAGACCCUGGUGCCCCACGGUGUCACCCCAGAAAGACGGAGAUCUCCCUACCGCCGCUGCGAGAUGCCAGUCAGGGGUCCGGCUCAAUGCCACCACAGUACAACGAGAAUGGGGCGCUGCCCACCGCCCGGGAGGCUGUACGCCAGAGAGCGUCCACUCGUAGGUCUCCAAACCCAUCGAUGUGCGCCUCUGCCAGCCCCAGAGGGAGAAGCUUUCAAAGAGUCGAAGAUCCAGUCGGACGGCUCCUGAAACGAAACAAGAGAUCAGUCAGUCCACCUCGGCCAGAACCUUCCAACAUCAGAAAUCUGUCGACUGACGGCUCCUCCCAGACUCUGACUGGCACGUUAGGGUUGGGGACUGAACCGAACAGAUCGAGUGACUCGGUGGCCAAGAUCCCUGAGAAAGGAGACACUGCUGGCGGGCAGAAAGAUGGAAGUGUUGGCAAAGACGCAGACGUUUCUAGAAAAGAAGAGCAGACUGACCACAGCUCACCAGUGGGUGGUAGGCCUGCCAAGGAGUUGCUGCUGGGAGACGAUGAAGUUGCGAUGGAGACCGAAGCAGAGAUCCAUCCACAGGAACAGAACGCCAGCUACGAGGGAGAUGAGGACGGUCAGCUGGGAAAACCCGAAGAGCAGACGGUGCCAGGGGAAGCGACUGAGACAUUAAAGAGCCAGGAUGAGAAGAACAGGCAUGUGCUGACGAGCUCGGUGGGCACAGACACCCUUGCCAGGGCACAUCACACGGCACACACUUCAGAAAGCCAAGGAGGUGAUCCUGGAGCAGGCCGUCACCAGGACAGUGGCAGGGACGUCUCGAGUCAAAGUCACCACUUUGGAGGUCAGACAUCUGAAGGAAAUGAGGAAGACUUCUGGCCAGAAGAGCAGGAGUGUCGGCCCACUGCAGGAGGACACAAGAACGGUGAGGAAAGUCAUCAGGCUGAGCUGGAGGAAGAAAAUAAGCAGGAACAGUCGGAAUUAACUCGGCAAACCAUCUGCUACUCCGACUCGACCACCACGUUCAUGUCAAGCCCACCCCAGUACACCCUGCAGCGCAUAGCCUACAGCACCAGUGUGGAUGAGGACGAGACCCCCACAGGAAUCCCUCAUAUACCCCCUGAAGGCUUCCUGCGGAGCUGCUUGGCAAUGUCCGGAGACACAAAGUUCUCCUCUGACAGACCGGAACCAGAAUCCCACUUACAACAAAGCGGACCCCUGGACACCGAGAACGAACACGUCAAGGGCAGGCGUAAAAGCAAACGUUCAGAGAGUCGAGCGACUCCCGCCAGACACGAGGACGCCGACAGCCUCCGCAUCCUGCUGGACGACACGGGGUCCGUGGUAUCGGACAUAUCUGACUGGGGGGAUCAGGAGACGCCAGGCCUCUGAAGGGUUAAAAUAAAACAAAAUGUCAACGCUGAGGGCGUCCAGUUAGAGCUGAACCUGCGAGGCCAACGGCAAGAAACCUAUGGAGUUGUAGGCAAAGUGGCUCGGCGAUUCAAUCUUGGGACUGAGAGGAGACAGGCGGGCACACAACCGGCUUAGGGGUCUGACACUGGCAGGGCUGGCA